GAAGGGGUGUGUGUCGCGCUUGCGCACUGGCCCUGCCGCCGGCCCGCGGCGCGUGGCGGCUGCUCUGAGUUGUGGAAGUCACAGUCGACCGGGGUCCUGGUAUCGUGCAGCGCUCUCGGGUCAUGUCCUGGCUCUUCGGCAUCAACAAGGGCCCCAAGGGCGAAGGCGCGGGACCACCGCUGUCCUUGCCGCCCGUACCGCCCGGGGCCGAGGGCGGCGGCGAACGCGGUGCGGGAGACCGGCAGGCGCCCAAGGACAAAUGGAGCAACUUCGACCCGACAGGGCUGGAGCGCGCGGCCAAGGCGGCGCGCGAGCUGGAGCACUCGCGCCACGCCAAGGAGGCACUGAGUCUCGCACAGAUGCAGGAGCAGACGCUACAGUUGGAGCAACAGUCUAAGCUCAAGGAGUAUGAGGCUGCUGUGGAGCAGCUGAAGAGUGAGCAGAUCCGUGUGCAGGCUGAGGAAAGGAGGAAGACCCUGAGUGAAGAGACCCGGCAGCACCAGGCCAGGGCCCAGUACCAGGAUAAGCUGGCCCGGCAGCGCUAUGAGGACCAGCUGAAGCAGCAGCAACUUCUCAAUGAGGAGAACUUACGGAAGCAAGAGGAAUCUGUGCAGAAGCAGGAAGCCAUGCGGCGAGCCACCGUGGAGCGGGAGAUGGAGCUGCGGCACAAAAAUGAGAUGCUGCGCGUGGAGGCCGAGGCCCGAGCGCGGGCCAGGGCCGAGCGGGAGAAUGCGGACAUCACCCGGGAGCAGAUCCGUUUGAAGGCCGCUGAGCACCGCCAGACCAUUCUGGAGUCCAUCAGGACGGCUGGCACCUUGUUUGGUGAAGGAUUCCGUGCCUUUGUGACAGACUGGGACAAAGUGACAGCCACGGUGGCUGGGCUGACACUGCUGGCUGUCGGGGUCUAUUCAGCGAAGAAUGCAACUGCCGUUGCUGGCCGCUAUGUGGAGGCGCGGCUGGGGAAGCCGUCCCUGGUGAGGGAAACCUCCCGCAUAUCGGUGCUGGAUGCUCUGAGGCACCCUGUGCAGGUUAGCAGGCGGCUCCUCAGCAAGCCCCAGGAUGCACUGGAGGGUGUCAUUCUCAGUCCCAGCCUGGAGGCACGGGUGCGGGACAUUGCCAUAGCAACAAGGAACACCAAGAGGAACAAAAGCCUGUACAGGAACAUCCUGAUGUACGGGCCGCCAGGCACUGGCAAGACACUGUUUGCCAAGAAACUCGCGCUGCACUCAGGCAUGGACUACGCCAUCAUGACAGGCGGGGACGUGGCCCCCAUGGGGCGGGAGGGUGUCACCGCCAUGCACAAGGUCUUCGACUGGGCCAACACCAGCCGGCGAGGCCUCCUGCUCUUUGUGGAUGAAGCAGACGCCUUUCUUAGGAAGAGAGCCACAGAGAAGAUCAGUGAAGACCUCAGGGCUGCCCUCAACGCCUUCUUGCACAGGACUGGCCAGCAUAGCAGCAAGUUCAUGCUGGUCCUGGCCAGCAACCAGCCUGAGGACUUCGACUGGGCUGUCAGUGACCGCAUUGAUGAGAUGGUCUGCUUCCACCUGCCGCGGCUCGAGGAGCGGGAGCGCCUGGUGAGGAUGUAUUUUGACAAGUUUGUUCUUAAGCCAGCCACAGAAGGAAAGCAGCGUCUGAAACUGGCCCAGUUUGACUACAGCAGGAAGUGCUCAGAGGUCGCCCAGCUGACGGAGGGUAUGUCGGGCCGUGAGAUCGCCCAGCUGGCCGUAGCCUGGCAGGCCAUGGCGUAUGCCUCUGAGGAUGGGGUGCUCACGGAGGCCAUGAUGGACGCCCGGGUCCAGGAUGCCAUCCAGCAGCACCAGCAGAAGAUGCAGUGGCUGACUCUGGAGGGCCCCAGGCCCCAGGCUGGCGAGUCCCCACACCUGAGUCCACAGCAGGCCAGCUAGGCUGGAACGCCUGGCCCACCCUCUGGGAAGUGCAGCCACGCGGCCUGCAGUGCCCUCCCACCAGCUCCCCUUCAGCCUUGACCCCAAGUCUGCCCUUCUGCCAGGGGUGCUAGCUGGGGGAGGGUCGGGCCUCCAAGGCGAGCUGUGUACCCAAGGCUGGUGGCUACAGCCUGGCCAGCAGGACCGCGGCCUGUGGGGACCAGAGGGGCAGUGAGGUCACUGGCUCAGCCUUGGCCUGGAUGUGCCCUGCACACGUUUGUGCCAAGAAUUAGCCCAGCCCUGACCUAGUGGGGUGGAUCCAGAGCCAGAUAGCCACUGGUCCAUGACGUCUGGUGCUCCAAACUGCUGCCCCCUCCAGCAGGUGGGGGGCCCUUCUAUCCAAAAUCUAAUAAAACUGACUGACCCUUGC